CCACGGACGGAUGGCUGGCCGUGCAAGUCAGUCCACUUCGUACGACGCAAGGUGACUUUUCAGGUAUAAGUAGCCAGUGUCCUUAGCUUGCAAGCCUGGGCUCUUAACCGAGUAGCAGGCAGGACUGACUCAAGUACCAGAAGGCCACCUGAUGGGUAUGAAUAUGCCACAAGGUCUCACGCCUGCUCCUGCAUCCAUGACCAUCCCGAUGUGGCAUUCCUCAAGGCCCACGCUCGGGUUCCCCCUCGGCAUGGCGCUCCUGCUCCUCGUCAUCUUCUCCCUCGGUGCCAUCUUCUCCUGCUGCUACCACUGGGACAGGCUCCGCUCCCUCCUCCGGUCUCGGCAUCCCGGCAUGCUCCAGGAAGGUCCGCACACCGUCAUCUCAAUUGGAUCGGCGCCGAGCAAGGCUGCCUCCGAGCACAAGAGCGAGAAAGCUGGAAAGGAGUGCGGGUUGCCCGUGAUCAUGCCCGGGGAUAACAUCGCGAAGUUCUACGCGAGGCCCUGCCCGCACGAGGCGUGUUUAGCUGCAGCAGCAGCAGCAGCAGCAGAGAAGGGCGAAGUCGAGGUGCAAGUCAGAUGUUCAGUUUCGUGACCGUCAGUAUCUGUAUAUGAAAUCGUACGUAGCUAGGUGCUGGCGAAUUAUGAUUGAUAGAUAGAUUGUACAUACGCAAUGUUUUAAAUAGCGGGCUAUGGCAUUUAGUGGCGACCCUUAAAAACAGCUAUAGCUGGGCUAUAGCGGGCUAUAGCGGAGCUAUAGCGGCAAAUUUUACAUGAAAUCAUUUAGCGGCAACACCCUCAAACAGCUAUAGCGGGGCUAUAGCCGGCUAUUUAAAACUAUGCUUAUGAUUGA